AUGCUGCGUUUCAGAGUACUUCUCAAUGUGGGUUUAGCUUUAGCAUUUGUAUUGUUGUUCUGCGAAUAUCUCAUAUAUUACGUGGUGCUUAUACAGUGCGAAUGGCCCACUCUGGACCCUCGGAAAGAAAAUCCUGCUUUACAUAGAGAAGCAUCAGACAAACCUGUCAAAGCUAUGUUUAUAGCGGAUACCCAUUUAUUAGGUUCCAAACAAGGCCACUGGUUUGAUAAACUACGAAGAGAAUGGCAGAUGUACAGAGCAUUCCAAACAAUGAUGACAUUACACCGAAUGGAUGUAGUUUUUGUAUUAGGAGAUGUUUUUGACGAGGGCAAAUGGUGCGGCUCCGCAGAGUUCGAAUACUACAUAAAGAGAUUCCAUUCCCUAUUCUACGUGCCUAAAGACACGCGUAUCUAUGUCGUCGCUGGAAACCAUGAUAUGGGAUUUCAUUAUGCAAUUACGCCGUACCGCAAUCAGCGUUUUAUUAACGGCAUGAAAAGUCUGAACGUGCGACGGUUGAGUCUAAGAGACAAUCAUUUCGUGCUGAUCAACAGCAUGGCAUUAGAAGGGGACGGUUGUUUCCUGUGUCGACCGACCGAAAUCGCAGUGAAUAAAAUAGCCAAGGAUCUAAAAUGUGCGAGAAGAAUCGGCAACGAUUGUCAUAAUGUCAGCGCGAUUUCCAGAUACAGCAGGCCUAUAUUACUGCAACAUUAUCCGAUGUAUCGAGAAUCAGAUGAGAUCUGCAACGAAUUGGAUCAGGCUCCCGAUGAGUUGAAGGCCAUCAAGUUCCGAGAACGUUGGGAAUGCUUGUCGAAAGAAGCUUCGGAGCAGCUUCUAGAUAUAUUGAAUCCGCGACUGAUCGUCGCUGGCCACACUCAUCACGGCUGCAGAAGGAUACAUCGGGAUGACAUUCUGGAAUUCACAAUCUCAUCUUUCAGCUGGCGCAAUAAAGUUAACCCAUCUCUCCUAAUGGGUACUUUCACUCCCAGCAAUUAUUCCGUCUCCAAGUGCUACAUGCCCGUGGAAUCUACUGUGAUUGUUAUUUAUACAUGUAGUCUCCUAUGCAUACUGAUAUAUUUGAUUAUAAAACUCAGGCCAAGACGGCACGCAUACUCGCGUUUGAGAAGAUGCCUUGACUAACUAUUACAAUACGUUCGUACGCGAAUGAACGUAUAAUAAUUUUAUACAGAGUGUCCCGUAUCUUUUCAUCAAUAUUUCAGAGACCGAUUUUUUUUUCAAGGCUCUAUUGAA